UCACACACUCCUCCUCCAUCCUUCAAAUACCCCUUUCUUAUUGUAUUCUUCUCAUCUCCUCUUCCCCUCAUCAUCCCCAUUAUCAUUAUUCCAUCCAUCAAAGCAGCCGACUGACUACCUAUAUCCCAUAGUUUAUUUUACUUUAUCUCUAACUAUUUUCCAAUUAAGUCGGUAAAGAGUCUCAUCAUGAACACUCAACUCCUGACCGUCUUCGCUUUGGUCGGUGUGGCCAUGGCAUCAGACUUUCGAGUCACCGUCGGGAUCUCGCAAAUCACCGGUCAAGUUGGCACCGGGCUCGACCCUAACCGAAUCGUUCCCGCUGCUGGCGAUACCAUCACCUUCAGUUGGUUGAUCCCAUCCUACAUCCAGAACCCUGCCACUGGAACCUACAGUGUCACCCAGGGAACGUAUGAUGCACCGUGUAAGCCUAUGGCAGGAGGUUUCGACAGUGGGCCCAAGACCACUGGUCCUGAGAGCGCCGGUCAAGCCCCAACAAUGACUUUUCAAGUCAAGGAUGACAAGCCGCUCUACUUCUUCUCUUCGGUCGAUGACCAGUGCAAGAAGGGCAUGGUCCUCGGUGUCAACUCGCCGGCCUCCGGUCCGGGCAGCGUCGAAUCCUACAUCCUCGCUGCUGGCGGAAACCCGAACGCCGACACCACCACCAACGCGACGACUACCCCGGCCGCCCCGUCUUCCACCAACACCACCUCCGCUUCCAACACUUCCGCUUCCAAGAAUAACACAUCCCCCUCAUCAACCACCGCAUCCAAGCAACCUGCCAACUCCGGCUCGACUAACUCGUCCUCUGCUAAGCCUCAAGGUAGCACAGCUAACACCGUCGCUCCUCAGUCUCUCCUCACUGCCGCCGGAGUCUUGUCUGCCGCACUCUUUCUUUAAAAGCUUGCUCUCAACCAUCCUCUCUCUUUCUAACUUGCAUGCAUCAUCUACUUUCACUCUUAAGAUUUGCACAUGGAUAGUCAUCUCUUGUCUUUCGUCCUUUUUGUUGUAAUCUCUCCCCUCUUGUGUUUUGUUCUUCUGUUAUCUUUAUGACCCUAUUAUCUACGGAUUUUGAUCAAUCAUCAUUAUCAGGACAUUUAUCCUAUA